AUGGAGCCUCCGUCCAACCCAAUCAUCCAAGCCAAGAUCACGAGAGCGGACCAACUAACUGCCGGAGAAUGGGAGGUUCUUCUUGGUCACAUCUUCCUCGAUGAAGUCAAUAGUCUUAUCCUCUUCGAAGGCCUACGAGAACAUCCACUGUGGCCAAACGUGUACGCUGUCGGAUAUGGCAAGGCUCUCGGCACGUCAGUAGUUCGCAUCUCUGCAGACCUACCAGCACAGCAACUGGCCAAUGAAGGCCUCUCGCCAGAUUGUGGCACUCUGGCUCACUCCAUCGCGGCCUUUGACGCCAAAUCAGGCCUUCUAGUCUUGGCCUCCAGCAAUCACACUCACGUGCCGGGCUUCGCUGUGUGUCAGCUGCACGCCCAGCAAAUUACCGCUGUGGUGAAAGACGGCCAGGCGCCGGCCACUUCCAUCUCUCGCCUCGCAUGGCUGAAGAACCACCGCUCCUUCGUUCUCAGAUCCUCUGUCACUAUGCCUACGCAGUGCUGCUCUGUGCUCUUUAUUUUCUCUCCAUUGUUCUUUCGCGCUCAGAUUCUCUGUCACUAUGGGUACGCAGUGUUACUCUGUGAUUGUCGUGGCUCCACUAAUCGCGGAGCCGCCUUUGCUGGCCAUAUCAAAUUGAGGCUUGGUGUUCCCGAACUGGACGAUCAUGUUCAGUUUCUGAAGGAGGCAGCUCGUCAGACGGGCCUCAUUGAUCUUAAUCGAGUGGCUAUACACGGGUCCUCCUACGGUAAGUGCUUCAUGUCAACGCAAACUUUCAAACUCUUAUCUAGUAUAUUACUCCCGUGA